CUUAGUUAAGUUAUGAAAUGAUGAGUUACCUUGGACAACUGAUGAUGCUGGAUGGAUGGUUGUUUGGUGGAAGCUAUUUACUUGAGAACUCUGUUUCUCCUCCUUCAACCUUGUCUUGCAACAAGAGCUCACUCACUCUCUCCUUAAAGAGAGUCUAAGUAUCUAUUUCCCACACUUCUACGCAGCGUAUUAUGGAAGACUCACCAGCAUAGGAGGCUACUCUAGAUAGUUCUUGUCACUGGGCUGAUUUGGCAUUUUAACUCCAGGUUUCUAUUAUACAGGUUAUCAGCCUCACAAAGCCUAGGUGUAGUUCGUGUGUGCGGCCUGUGUUUGUAUAUCUUGUCAGGAAGAAGGAACUUAAAUCGGGACUGCCUGGCACAUAUAUCUUGCCGACAUUAUUGUUAUCCAUUGUAAAAGACGGAGUGUCUUUCCAAGGUUGAAAGAUGAUAUUCCCUUCUUUGCGAUAUCUACGCUGUACGCUGCUGUAAAUAGAUAGGUUAAACGGGCGCCAAGCCCAAAAUGAUGGCUGACAUUCAUCCGGAGCUUUGCAAGCCCAAACUUCCAAGCCAAAGAUCUCCCUAUGUCAUAUGUUCAGAAUAUAACGGCACCAAUGGCUACUGAUGUGGUACUUGACACUUCGAUGGGCUCCAUCACCCUCGAACUCUACAACGAGCAUGCGCCCAAGGCAUGCAAGAACUUUGCAACCCUCGCGCAACGCGGCUACUACAACAACGUAAUCUUUCACCGCAUCAUCCCUAAUUUCAUGAUCCAAGGCGGCGACCCCACCGGCACAGGUCGAGGGGGCAGUUCGAUCUACGGCGAGAAGUUUGAGGAUGAAAUCAGCCCCGCGCUGAAACAUACAGGCGCGGGAGUUUUGAGCAUGGCGAAUAGCGGACCCAAUACCAAUGGCAGUCAGUUUUUCAUUACGCUGGCGCCCACUCCGUGGCUGGAUGGGAAACAUACAAUAUUUGGCCGGGUGAAGAGUGGGAUGAGAGUUGUGCAGCGCAUGGGACUGGUGAAGACAGGAGCAGAGGAUAGGCCGGUUGAUCAGGUUAAGAUUGUGAGGGCAAGGGUUGUGGAGGAAUCGGGGGAGGAGUGAUGGCAUAUCUCUCGGCCUUGGGCAAGGUUGAAUAUAUGAUAAAGGACUGGAAGGCAUGAUGAUAUACGAUGAAUAGAUUGAGCUGCUCUUCUACUACGAUGGUCAGAAGAGAAGGCUCAGGUAUUGCUAUAUACUACGCAUACCGGACACAAAUUCUGCUACGGGUUUGGCCUCAAAGCUGGGUUUGAGGGGGGGACAGCCAUGGUCAUUCCCAGCGAAGGAUCCCAUUCCAUACAUGGGAAGGAUGUCUUCCAGAGACACUUCCAAAGAAGACUUUACUCCAGAUGUACACCAUAAAUACAUGCCAUAAACAGGCAGAAUAAAUAAAAUUAAAUAAAUAUGAAAAGAAUGUAUCACCGCAAAACGAACCGCUUCCAUCAGACGAUAUAUCCAGAGCAGCAGAUACAGGGUGAAAUAAGCAAUCUACACUCCAUAACGGACACAGCCAAUGAAGGCGGAUCCAGAAGACAAGCUCGCCAAAGCAACUACUAAAAAAGUAGGACGCGGCAUGGUCUGCGCAGAAGCACUAGGAGUGAGUUGUUGAAAAAGAGAAAAAGAACAGGAAAAAUUGUUUUGAUAUUUUCUGCUUUUGAUGACGUUGGUCCGUAUGCCAAGCCUGAGCCAGUC